GAAGUACAAAGAGCACAGAAGAGUUUCAGUGUGGUUUGUAAUGACCUUCUGUGGUAUAUUGUGAAUAAGGCUCAUAUAUCUGGCGGUUGUGUGGGUUAUUAUGCUGUGUUUUUCAGAUUAGCUGUGUGCGGGUGUGAUGGAGUCGUCAGGCCCGAGCACAGCCGCUCCAGAGUUUGACGUGUACGGGGCGAUGGACUGGAAGGACGGAGUAGGAACACUGCCUGGCAGCGAGCUCAAGUUCCGGGUGAAUGAGUUUGGGGUCCUGGAGGUCAUAACGGACGAGAUGGAGGAGGAGAGGGGCAAGAAAGCUCACGCCACCACCACAUGGAGCGUCCCCACUGCACAAGAGGCUGUCUCUGAGGGGCCGGUCUCAAAGGAGGAGACGGCGUGGGCUCAGCGAGGCCUGGUGUGUGUCCGCUGUAACAGGAAGGGCUCCGUGGUGGACUUCCUGUCUGACGGGCUUCACUGCAGCGAGCGCUGUCUGCAGCAGGAGCAGCAAGAGUUUCAGUUCAGGGUUUUUGAGGGUCUUAAAAAGCCUCAAGUUGCCCUUUCACAAAUGAAGGCCCUUAAAAAGGAAGAGAAAGAAAGCAGGCGACCGGCACGUGGGGCGACGAGAGGCCGCAAGAAACGCAGAGGAGACGCAGCACUGCUCAGAUACACGGUUCCGUACGGAGGCAAGAAGAAGGCGUGGUGUUGGGCCUCGUACCUGGAGCAGGAGAGAGCCAUCGCUGCCCCCAGUAAACUCUUCAAAGAGUAUCAGUCAUUUCCACAGUGUAAGAAUGGCUUUAGGGUUGGCAUGAGACUGGAGGGUAUCGACUCUGAACACCCUUCCAUGUACUGCGUCCUUACCAUCGCUGAGGUGUUAGGACAUCGAAUCAGACUGCAUUUUGAUAAGUAUUCAGACUGCUAUGACUUCUGGGUAAAUUCCAGCUCUCCUGACAUUCACCCAGUGGGAUGGUGUGAGAAAACCGGACACAAGUUGCAUCCACCGAAAGGGAUGAAGGAUGAAGAGUUCAGCUGGUCCUCCUACUUCAAACUAAAUAAAAUACAGACCGCACCCAAAGCCCUGUUUCAGAAUCAGAACAUGACCGUGACGCCGUCAGGGUUUAGGGUCGGUAUGAAGCUGGAGGCCAUCGAUAAGAAGAAUCCCUCGUUCAUCUGUGUCGCCACGAUUACAGACAUGGUGGAGAGUCGAUUCCUGGUGCACUUUGACAACUGGGAUGAAAGUUAUGACUACUGGUGUGAUGCAACAAGUCUUUAUAUCCAUCCGGUUGGCUGGUGUCAAGAGAACGGCAGGACCCUCACCACCCCUCCAGGAUACCCUGAUGUGAAGAACUUCUCCUGGGAGAAAUACUUGGCAGAGACCAGCUCAUUACCAGCUCCUGCUCGAGCCUUCAAAGUGAAACCUCCUCACAGUUUCCAGCUCAAUAUGAAGUUAGAGGUGGUCGACAAGAGGAAUCCUGCUCUGAUCCGAGUGGCCACAGUGGUUCAUACGGAUGACCAUCGACUGCGGAUCCAUUUUGAUGGCUGGACAGAAGAAUAUGAUUUCUGGAUCGAUGCAGACAGCCCAGAUAUUCAUCCUGCCGGGUGGUGCGCCAAAACCGGACAUCCACUGCAGCCGCCCAUCACUCCUCAGGACAUGUUUGAGACGUCUGAGCAGGGCAGCUGUCCCACGCCAGGCUGUAAGGGAGUGGGUCACAUCAAAGGAGCCCGCUACUCUGGACACCACAGUGCCGUGGGUUGCCCGUAUUCUGACAUCAACCUGAAUAAGGACUCGGUUCUGCCGGAUCGCUUGAGCGGAGAGAUGCCGGGAAGCGGAGUGGGUCGGCCAUGCAGAGCAGAACCAAGCGCAGAGAUUUCAGCUGACGCUAAUGACAAACCCGUCACCUCUGCCCCAUCACACCCGGAGAAACCCAGCACGGCAAGCGCUGCCAUGGAAACGCCGCCAAAGAAGCCCGUUGGCACGGAGACCAAGCGAAGGGUUGGUCGGCCCUGUAAAGUUCGGAAGGUCGAGGAGCUGCCGCAGGAAGAGGAAGUGGAGAGUGAGGUGUCAUCAGUCACCGAAACCAAAGAGCUGACUCUACAGCAGGCUUUGCACCAGUCUGUGUUCAUGCCGUGUUCCAGCCCAUCUCCCAGCAUGCAUCACUGCUGGGAUCAGCACAGCAAGCUCCUUCCAACAGUGGCAGGCAUCACGGCCAGUAAAGUGGCAGCGUGGAGCGUGGAUGAGGUGAUCGAGUUUAUCCAAGGACUUCCAGGCUGCAAGGAGCAAGUGCGCACCUUCAGAGAGGAGCAAAUUGAUGGCGAGGCCUUCCUCUUAUUGACUCAGGUGGACCUGGUGAAGAUCCUCAGCAUUAAACUAGGGCCGGCUCUCAAAAUAUACAACUCUAUACUAAUGUUUAAGACCACAGAAAACUCUGCCUGCAACGAACUCUGACCAGACAGACCGACAGCCAAGAGAGUUCAGAACUGCUUCAGUCAAAGGGCUCGUCAUGAAGAUUCAUACAGUACACACCACACUAUUAUGCAUGACCAACACGAUGUAGAUAAUGUCCGAAUGAGCAGGUGAAACACAUAUAAUGACAUUCAGAAUUCAUUCAGACAGACAGCCCAAGAACGUCUCUGCGCUGUCAGUAAUAAUCAUAUUUGUACGCACUUAUUAACUCACAUGAUGAUUUCAUGUAGUCCCCUUUCAUCAUAAUGUCGGGGAGAAUGUAUAUUUUACUGAGGAGUUAUGGGAGCUAAAUUCAGGUGCUAAACGAAUGCAGUUACAUGCACUGAAGAGCCGCACAAUGUCUGCUUUUGACUCUCGUUGUUUCCGUUACAACUCCUUUAAUUCAUAGCUGUAGAUAAUUUAAGUGUUUGGAAAGGGUUCUGGAUGGAGGACUAGCAGAAUGGGGUUGAAUAUUCGAGCAUUAGAUAAACACACGGAUCCUCUUUGAUUGUUUGUUUCCAGUGUGCUGUGAUGCCAUAUUAAUGCAUCAUGCCACAGUCCUUCAUUACGGUUACAGUCAUGGAUUUUAUGAGUGGAGACUAAAAUAGUAGGGUAGUGCUCUUUCUUUAUUUGUUUUGAUACAAUGGAUGUAGAAAUGGAGAACGGAGAGUAAAACUACACUCAAGGCACAAAUAAUAAUUGUGAGAGCCAUAUUGGUAUUUUGUAAUAGAAUGUAACUUAAUAUUCAGAAUGCCUUCAUGUGCACAGUGUAAGAAGAAAUAAUAUUUCAUUAAUAUACAAACGUGAGUAUUAAUUUAGUUUCUGUUGCUGAGGUAUGCAGCAUUUAAAAUACAUGAAAUGUCCCAUCUAUUUAUUUAAGUUGAAUACUUUGACUAUUUAAAAAACAAUGUGCUGAACACGUCAUUGUGGACAUGUAUGUUAACAAACCUAAACAGUUUGUGUUGAAAUGCUGUUUUUACUCACUUUUUAAAAUGAGUAAACUCACUGCACUCGGCUGGAUGAUUUCCCAUAUUCAAAACUCAUUUAUCAUGUCAAUUUUUCUCAUGCCACGAGAGCGUAUAAUGAACUGUUAGUUUGGGGAUUUCAAAUUUAAAUA